GAAGUCUCGCCAGUAGUCACGCCAGUAGUCACGCCAAGUCUUACUUAAUUUCGUUAAAGGUGUCGUGUCGAUGUAACUUAGAUGAAUCCGACCGUCUCGCAGCUCGGCGACGGAACAAUCAGUAUCCGUUGGUACUCGGCGGAGUGUGGCGGAGCGUGGCGGAGUGUUCGUGCGAGGUCUCGGCGGGUCUCGGUGGGUCUUGACAAGGCCGACUGUUUCAGACGUGUUUAGUGUUUUCAGACAGCUGAACACGGCGAAACGAGUCUGGUUCCUUGGCAUCACAAACGGAAGAAUUGACUUCCACCUACUCGCUUUCGAUGUGAACGUAAAUCGUUAGUCGAAUCGACCAGCAUGCGAUGGAAGAUGCAGCUUGUGGUCUGGCAGCUGUUAUACCGCUGUUAGCUCUGUCGCUCAAGGAGAUUGAACACCCGCCGCAGGUGCGAUUUCCCAUUUCUGUCAAUCUUCAGAUUUUUCAUCGUCGACCUAACGUCAUGGACAGCGCCUGCCUUCAUCAGCUCGUCACGACGCCGAUCAAAAAUGUUCUACAAUUGCAACGGAUCAAAGAGAUUAAAUGGAUGAAUCCAAGAGCGUGCACGAAUGAGGCAUAUAUUCCUACCCCUAUUGAACACAUGGCAAAUGUGGCGACUCACGGAAUAUGGGUUGUACCUUCGGUGAUUGGUGGUAUCGAGCUUAUACGACGUUCAACUACAUGGGGUCAACUCGUUUCUGCUUGCGUAUACGGCACUUCCUUGAUCCUUGUUUUUGCGGUCUCAACUUUCUUCCACAGUGUGCACUACUGCAAUCAUAAUAGACAGCUAAAAGAUGCAUUACAUCGCUGUGAUCGCGCUAUGAUAUACAUCUUCAUAGCAGCCAGUUACUUUCCAUGGUUAAACAUAGACCAUUUCUCAGACGAUGAGCUCUUAUUCGCGAUGCGAUAUGUCGUUUGGAUCAUGGCUAUAAUGGGCAUCCUCUACCAGCAAAUCUUCCAUGAGAAAUAUAAAAUGCUUGAAACUAUAUUCUACGUAGUUAUGGGUAUUGGACCUAGUGUUGCAAUUCUCAAUGUUUAUAACUAUUACAAUAUUACGGAAUUGAAACUUGGCGGGCUGAUAUACGUUCUUGGCUUAGUAUUUUUCAAAUCGGAUGGUCGUAUACCUUGCGCUCAUGCAAUCUGGCAUCUCUUCGUGGCCGCGGCAGCAGGAUUCCACUAUUACGCAAUUCUAAGUCACGUAUUUCCUGAAACAGAUUCAACGGACGACGUUCUUGGGUCAUCCAAUAGUGCGCCACCAUUGUCUAAUAUACUACAGUCUCAUAUAGAAUUGUAAAAAUUGUAUACUGUUUUCUACAUUAGUUUUUCCAGAUACUAAAAAUUCUAAAACACGUAGCAGUUUUAGAGGUGAACUCUAAAACUAUAUUCUGAUAAAAAGGAUAUCUUUAAUUCUUAUCCAUUUAGAAAAAGUUUUUGAUAAGGAAAAAUUAAUUUUUCAAUCAUGACUUUGUAUGUCUGUACUAGAACAACCAGUUUUUCAUAAUUAUUCCAAGUAUAAGUAAAAGCAUUUUGUGCAAUAUGUAAAUAUAUAAAGGUGGAUUAUAUGGUUAAAAGAAAGUUAAGUACCUGACGGUUUUAUGUGAGAUUCGAUUCAUAUGUUAAGGACAUGUGUUAGAAACGAAAAAGGAGUUAGAUAUUAUACUAGCAGAAAUAUUAGCGUGGCUCGGUUACUGCAAAUUACAUCACAAGUUCGUAUACGUCUACAGUGAGUAUUGUGUCUUUCAUAUGAUUUGAUAUGCUAGUAUUUCGAGAGAUCAUUUAUAAGUAAUGCCAAAUUUUAUUAUAUUGUAAGAGAGAGAAGAUUUACCAAUCCUGUACCAUUGAGAAUACAGGUAUUAUUUUUGGGGUAAUUAUUUUUUGUUUUAUAUAAGUUUUAUAAAAGUCUUUAUAUUAGGAUCUACGAAGCGUAGACAUUAAGUGUUAGUUUAGCGAUGAAUAGAAACCAAGUUGACUGAAUACAAAGAAACAAUCUUUGCUUUCUAUCGUAAGUGUCAAUCGUCUUUUUGUUUGCGGAUGUAAUGUGCCAAAAUUAAACUCAAGUUCGUAUCUAUCUAAUGAUCUAAAAUUUAAGAUUUCCACAAUAGAUUCAACAUAGGUACAAGAGUAUCUUGUAUUUAUACAAUCCUUGUAUAAGAGAAACAUAAUGUUACUUGAAUUAUAACAGUUUUACGAAUAUUUCGGUGUGUAUCCCCAUAUAAAGAAUAUACACAUAUUAUAAUCAUCGAGCGUUUCAUAAAAUAUAGAACAUAUGUUGAAAUGAAUAAUGGCCUUAUUUGUUGUAUUACUUGACAUGAUUGCCAAUCAAUCUUACAUGAAGUUUGAUCUCUUAUUGUUAAUUUUUAUCUUAAGAACGAUUGUACAUCAGGAAAUCAGUUUUAGUCAUUAUGAUGUAGUUAUUGCAACAGUUAUAUUAUUGUUAUAAAUAAUUUAUUUAUAAUUUUUGCAUCUAUAGGACGAUCUGAUUUAUAUCUACUUAUUUACAAAUCAAUUGUAUAUUAUUAUAAAAUCAAAUAUGUAUUGUGCGUGUAUAUGUAUAUACACAUGCAUGUAUAUACAUGAACACAUAUAGCCUACAUACAUGUACAGCAUCAAUAUUGUAAAGUAUUGUUAAGAACGUGUUAUCAAUGUAACAAGAAUAUUAAAUUGCGAUAUAUAUAUAACUCAAAUAUCGCUAGAGACAAAGUACAAAAUAAUUAUCAGCUAUGAGUUUGUUUGUUGGCUAUCUUUUGUCCUUGUGAUUUGCAGUGGACCAAAGUAUUAUGGAGUAAUAUAUAUAGCAUUGCUAUCAACGGUAUGCUUUCUGAGUAUGUGAGUGUAAUUCACAAUAAUAAAAAAAUAAAGGAAUUAUAUAUUGACGAAA